AAAAGGCAGACGGACUGGCGAUGAGGGAAGCAGAGUUGUCUGUGUAUGGCCUUCAGGAAGGAAACACUUACCCCUGUGUAAUGAAGGACAAAGAGACCAGUAAUGAGACUGACUUCCUCAUCUGUGAGAUUGAAAGGACACCCUUUACUAAAUUUCAGCAGUUAAUGAUAAAAUAUGGGGACAGGACAGUAACCCUGAACACCAGAUAUUCAAUCCAUCUGUACCUGAUGCUGCUUGUCCUUCUGCUGAUACCCUGCAUUUGUGUUGUGGUGGUGAUCAUCUACCGAAAUCAACAGAAGAAGCUUACUGCUAAAAUGAACAGGUGUAUGGAGGACCUGGAGCUGGACAUCAGGAAUGACAUUAGACAAGGUUUUGUGGAUCUGCAGACAGAGAAGGCUGACCUGAUGGAAAAUGUCGGAGCGAUUCCUUUCUUGGACUACAAGCACUUUGCCUCCAGAAUCUUCUUUCCUGAGGAUGACUCUCUGAUGAGGCUGUGUAUCAAAGACAUUGGGCAGGAUGUUGUAAAGGUCCAACUUGAUGAUUGUUGCCAAGGCUUGUCCAGGCUGCUCCAUGAUCAGCUCUUCCUCACAUCCAUGGUGCACGCUCUGGAGGAGCAGAAGAGCUUCACCAUCAAAGACAAAUGUGCUUUGGCGUCAUUGCUAACCGUAGCGCUCCACCAUAACUUGUCGUACCUGACGGAGGUGAUGGAGGCUCUGCUGAAGGUGCUGACGCAGCAGAACAGCAACGCUCAGCCCAAACUCCUGCUGCGGCGCACCGAGUCCACCGUGGAGAAGUUGCUGACCAACUGGAUGUCCAUCUGCCUUUAUGGCUUCCUCCGGGAGAGCGUUGGCCAGCACUUGUACCUGAUGGCGAGCGCCGUCACACAGCAGACCGCUAAAGGCCCCGUGGACUGUGUGACCGAGAAGGCUCUGUACACACUGAGCGAGGACUGGCUGCUGUGGCAGGCUCAGGACUUCAGCUGCCUGCCGGAGAGAAGCUCCUGA